CUACUUAAAUACGCACUGAAGUGAAAUAAGAGCUCUGUUUUUGCAAUUGAAUCUUCUCCACAUAACUACAAAAAAUGAUAACGCAACGCGCAAAUCGGGAAGAGUGCACAGAACUUUAAAUAAAGGGGUAACAGAUGAUGCCAAAUUGAAAUUGAAUCGUAAUGGAGUUUGAUUUAUAUGUUUCUUCAAAAUUUCUGAAUUGUUAUUAGAAUAGUAAUAUUAAUAUCUAAAUGCCGAUAAAUAUCCUGCCUAUAUCGGCAUGUUCAUUAUGUUAUGGAGAUCUUCGGACUAGUGUGGUAAGAAAUAGACAAGCAAUAAUAGAAAAUAUUAAAUUUAUUAUAUAUGUAAUAUUACCAAUAGUUUCAGCUAUUAUUGUAGUACCUUAUAUACUUAAUCCAUUCACAAUUGAGGAAUUUAAGGUUAAUUUUAAAGUAAUACUAUUAUCUCAACCAUUUUGUCAAGUCCGACCUGAAGAUUGUUCCAAAUUACUCGAUCCAAAUUAUGGAGAUCCAAGAUAUCUAAAGAAGAAAACUUUUGAAAAAUUUGAAUUAAUAUAUGUUCGAAAUUAUUUAGUUGAAUAUUGGGAUAAUUUUAUUUUAAGUUUAGUAAGAUUUCAUCCUUUAAGAAGUUUUAUUAUGAAACUUAUUGGUAUAAUUGAUAGACCUUUAGAAAAUUCAGAACAAUUCUGGAAAGAAAUGGAUGAAUCAACAGAAGUUGUACUUGCUGUAGUAAAUUCAAUGAUUUUUGCGACUAUUCAAGGUAUAAUUGUUUCAAGAAUGUGGGUAUUUUUUAUAUUUGGAGCUAUUAUUACAAUUACUGAAUCUUGGGGUAAUGUUAUAGAUUUACUUACUACUGUUUUACGAUCAACUAAUAACGUAUUUUAAGUAACAUUAAAUAAAACUAAUAAUGAAAAUAAUAGACUUGACGAUUUUAUGAUUAAAUAUAUAAAUAUAUGAUUUUAAACUAUCUAUGCAUAUUUUUAAAACCCAAAAUUAAAUGAACUCAUAUCUGGUUCUUCAAAUACUACUUGAGGUGGGGGUGCUUUA